AUGUUUUACUAUUGUCAUGCAACCAUUUAUUUUAGACUUAAUUUAGCCAAUGACUUUUCUUCACAGACGGACGCAGGCCAGUUUGUUUCAAGUAGAGAAGAAAUAUCUACAAAUCUGCUGGAGGUGGAAGAUGCAAAGUAUCGGGUAAUAAUGCCUAUUUAUAUAGCUUUUGAAAAAGGCUCACAAGAGCAUGUGAAUUCAGGUUUGGCCUAAAUUAGGCUAUUAAAACAUACAUAAAGCUUACAUGUCUGUUGUGGGAUCUCUGACAUCUUUGGAUAGAUAUUCCUUGGGUAUCUUAAAACAGAUUGAACUAUAUUGAAGAAAAAUAUAAAACGUAACAUGUAACCAGAUUUUACUGAGUUACAGUUCAUAUAAGGAAAUCAGUCAAUUGAAAUACAUUAAUUAGAACCCUAAUCUAUGGAUUUCACAACUGGGAGUACAGACAUGCAUCUGUUGGUCACAGAUACCUUAAAAAAAAGAAAGGUAGGGGCAUGGAUCAGAAAAGCAGUCAUAUCUGGUGUGACCACCAUUUGCCUCAUGCAGCACGUUGAUCAGGCUGUUGAUUGUGGCCUGUGGAAUGUUGUCCCACUCUUCAAUGGCUGUGCAAAGUUGCUAGAUAUUGUCAGGAACUGGAGCACGCUGUCGUACACGUCAAUCCAGAGCAUCCCAAACAUGCUCAGUGCGUGACGUGUGGUGAGUAUGCAGGCCAUGGAAGAACUGGACAUUUUCAGCUUCCAGGAAUUGUGUACAGAUCCUUCCGACAUGGGGCAGUGCAUUAUCAUUCUGAAACAUGAGGUGAUGGUGGCGGAUGAAUGGCACAACAAGGGGCCUCAAGAUCUCGUCCACGGUAUCUAUGUGCAUUCAAAUAGCCAUAGAUAAAAUGCAAUUGUGUUCGUUGUCCGUAGCUUAUGCCUGCCCAUAACAUAACCCCACCGCCACCAUGGGGCACUCUGUUCACAACGUUGACAUCAGCAAACUGCUCGCCCACACGACGCCAUACACAUGGUCUGCAUUCUCUGGCAACAGAUCUGUUGGACAUUCCUGCAGUCAGCAUGCCAAUUGCACGCUCCCUCAAAACUUGAGAAAUCUGUGGCAUUGUGUUGUGUGACAAAACUUCACAUUUUAGAGUGGCCUUUUAUUGUCCCCAGCACAAGGUGCACCUGUGUAAUGAUCAUGCUGUUUAAUCAGCUUCUUGAUAUGCCACACCUGUCAGGUGGAUGUAUUAUCUUGGUAAAGGAGAAAUGCUCACUAACAGGGAUGUAAACAAAUUUGUGCACAACAUUUGAGAGAAAAGCUUUUUGUGCGUAUGGAACAUUUCUGGGAUCAACACUUUACAUGUUGCGUUUAUAUUUUUGUUCAGUGUAAAUUACACUGUAAAAGGAAACUGUAAAGUAGUGUUAACAAAUUACAUAAUGGACUAACUAGUUAAUCAAAUCAAAUACAUAUUAAAUGUAAGACAGGCUAGUGAAAUUAAAGUACUUGAAUUUGUCAAAUUCACCGACAUCUCUUGUUUUGAAGGAGAUUUGCAGCCAGUAUAAGUCCAUGAGAAAAAUCAGGGGAGAUGGCAAUUGCUUUUACAGAGCCCUUUGCUUUGGACACCUGGAAUCAUUGUUACAAAAUGAUAGAGCUUUGCAAAGGUAAAUUCCUUCCUAGUAUUCCUAUAUUUUGCCAUGUGUAAUGUGCAUUCAUAGAAUGUUUUGGAUUCCAAGAAUGUGCCUUUACCUGUGUGGCUUUGCCACUUCAAAAUAAUGGAGGAAGAUGUAUAAUUUUCUCUGUAUCUCAGAUUCAAAGAAACAGUGAAACAAAGUGGCAGAGAGUUAUUGACUGCAGGCUUUGAUGAGAGCUCUUUCAAAGACUUGCUCGACAUGGUAAGUCUAUAUUUAACUACCUUUGUACUAUUUUUUGUUAAAUCGAAUAAUGCACCUUCUUCACAAUAAAGAUGACAAGUCACAUUUUCUUUAACCGUCACACAUGUAAUUGAAGCCUGUUUUAAUUAGUGGACAAUUCAUCUUUUAGUUUGUAGGUGUUUUGGAACAAUGUGAAGCUGAUGACCAGGGUGACGCGUUGCUCCAGCUCUUUAAUGAGCAAACUACCUCUGACAGUAUGGUGCAAUACCUCAGGCUGCUCACCUCAGCCUACCUGCAAAACCAUGCCGACUUCUUCAGCCACUUUGUGGAGGCACCCAGUCUCAAGGUUUACUGCACUCGGGUCAGUAUGAGUUGCUCAUAAGACCAUAUUGCGGUCAACUUCUGUUUUAUUAAUGUGCUAUGGAAGUGUGCCGGGUGCUGCUGAUACUGUUCUCCAAAGACAAUCAGACCUCGUCAAGGAGUCUCUCACCACUCAAAACUAAUGUCUGAAAGUGUUGUGCUGCUUUCUAGUGGUGGUGCAAUAAAUUGAAAAGAAUUGGGGUGUUUUAGGGAUCAAUUUUUUUGUAGCUGUACUUUGAUCAACCCAUCAAAACAAUUCUGUUUCUGCUUGGGUAUAUACUUACAAUGUCCAUUCUUGACUUAUCCAGGAAGUGGAAACCAUGGCGAUGGAGUGUGACCACGUAGAUAUCCUGGCUCUGUCGGAGGCCUUAGGAGUUAGCAUCCACAUUGCUUCCGUGGAGGGAGGAGAUGGACAGCGACUGGCCCACCACACGAUCCCAGAGGGAGCGGAGCCCUCCCUACACCUCCUAUACAAAACAGCCCACUAUGACAUUCUCUACCCACAUUGCCAUUGAGGGGCCUGAUCAAGGCCUCCACUUAUCUCAGGUUUACCGGUAGUUAUGUGUUCAAAUAAAUGUACAUUGUGAUUAAGAAGUUUCUCAAACAAAUGUUUGUCGCAUUGUUUUGUAAUAUACAGUGAA